UGGCGUUAUGUAUCGCGGACGCGCGGUGUUACAAGCCUGACACUGCCUAGACACACACACCAGGACCUCGGCUACAGCGGCUCUCUGGAGCGGGACACGCCGGCAACAUCUCGACUGGUGCCGACUUUAGUCACCUACAACCAACCAACUGAGUGAGCUGCUUUGCUGCCCGGAUCAUUCCCCGCACCAAAGUGGAACAACUCCUCGCUAUUGAAAAUAACUCGACAAUCUUGUGACACCUUUCUACCUUUCGUUUGCACAAGAAUACUUUAAAGAAUUUUAUUUAAUUAAAAAAAAAAAGUAAUUAGCAGUUAGGGAAGGACGUUUUUGUUGUUAUUGUGUUUUUCGCAGUAGGACAUGGAAGCGUUGGUGUACUUGGUCUCUGCGCUGUGGGUAGCGGCUGGGGUGCAAGGCAAGUGUGGGCCGGAGUGCCACUGCCCAGACGCUGCUGUGAGCUGUCCCCCGGGUAUCAGCCUGAUGUUGGACGGUUGCAACUGCUGCAAGGUGUGUGCCCGGCAGUUCAAUCAGGACUGCAGCACCAUGGAACCCUGCGAUCACGUCAAGGGCCUGGAAUGUAACUAUGGUCCCAGCGACGGUGCUGCCAGGGGCAUCUGCCGAGCAAAAUCGGAAGGAAGGCCGUGUGAGUUUGCGGGGAAUAUCUACCAGAACGGGGAGAACUUUAAACCCAACUGCAAGCACCAGUGUACUUGCAUUGAUGGCGUGGUGGGCUGUAUGCCAUUGUGUCCUCAAGAAUUCUCCCUGCCAACCUUGGACUGUCCCAAGCCUCGACUGGUGAAGGUGCCAGGCCAGUGCUGUGAGGAGUGGGCCUGUGAUACCAACCACAUCGGCGAAGACUCUGCAGACAGCACGGAAGAAAACAAAGACUCAAUGAGCUACGAGGAGAUCGGAGACCAGCCUGACGCAGAGCCACUAUCGAGCAAGGAACUGACCGAGCUCGUUAGAGCUGGCUUGCAGAUCGAACCAGCGUGGAGAGUCGGGAGCCGUGACGUGAAGUCCAAGUGCCUGGUCCAGACCACCGAGUGGUCGCAGUGCUCCAAGACCUGCAACAUUGGCAUCUCUACCAGAGUGACCAGCGACAACCCCCAGUGCAGGUUGAUGAAGGAGACCCGUCUGUGCCAACUGCGCCCAUGCAACCUGCCACUCAACACCAACCUCAAGAAGGGCAAGAGAUGUUUCAGGAUGAAGAAGGCCCGGGAGGCUCUGCGUUUCAGCUACGCCGGCUGCACCAGCGUGCGUCGGUACAAACCGCGCUGGUGUGGAUCGUGCACGGACGGGCGCUGCUGCACGCCCUCGCUGACCCGCACCGUCCACGUGCGCUUCCGCUGCGACGACGGAGAGAUCUUCUCCAAGAGCAUGAUGUGGACAGACAAGUGCCAGUGCCACUACAACUGCGCCUACCAGAACGAGAUCUCCUACCCCUACUAUAUGCUGCACAAUGACAUCCACAAGUUCUCAGAGUAAGAUCCUCGUCAACUCUGGCACCAACAUGCAGUGCCCCCCUCACCCACUUUGCUGCCGAGCCACUGGCAAUCCCACCAGUGCCAUACAUUUACCGAUGUAAGCAAACCCCAGACACUAGACUGAUGGCAAUCUACAGUAUCGCUGCCCUGGCACCUUCAACCAUCAAUGACUAUUUCACCUGUCUGUCGACCUUCAGCUCCAGUGGUCUACGUCCACCACACCUGUAGCUCUUCAAUCCUCGUCCACACCUGGCCUUUUGCUGCAUUACAGACAACGCUGUCUUGCAAACCAGCCGGCCAUUUAAAAACUGGACAAUUAUAUUAACCAGAAAGGAUGUGGGGGGAACAAACACAAGGUCGUCCAAUUGAUACAAAGAACAGACUGGGUGUUAAGGUUUGCACCUCCUGAAAAUUAUUUUUGUUGAGAAGAAUAACGAAAAACCCAGACAGACUGGGUGUAGCCAGGAUGCAAACAUCUUCAAGCUGCCAUUGAAUAGGUUAGUUGGUGACGUGAGUCUCUUCUAAGCCGGUUUUCAGGCUUGGUUUAGAAAAGAUCAAAUUAACUGCAACAAAAAAUAAUUUUGUAUUGAGAUUUUCUCCCUGCCUAAUUUAACCCGAGUUAACGUUGAUGUAAAUAAAGUUACAGAUGGAUUUUUUAAAAGUAUUAUUUAAGGUCAUUGGACAUAUUUUCUCUUUGAAGUUGAGAAGAAGUAUUGACUGACGCAUGUAUCCAGUGGGUAUCUGCGUGUGGUGCAGAUGAUGCAAGGAUUUCUUUGUAGUGAGUUGUUGCUGGUUUCUGUGCUUCCAGCACUACACUGUAGGAAUGUUCCAGAACACACUGAGGGGCUGGCCAUCUCCAAUCUCCAGCACAUGCAUCUGUUCUAUCAACUAUGGCACGGUGGUGCAGCGGUAGAGUUGCUGCCUCACAGCACCAGAGACCCAGGUUCGAUCCUGACUACUGGUGCUGUCUGUACGGAGUUUGUUCCUGGGAUCUCCGGUUUCCUCCCACACUCCAAAGAUUUGUCGGUUAAUUGGCUUGGUGUCAUUGUAAAUUGUCCCUAGUGUGUGUAGGACAGUGUGAAUGUGGGGGAGCUCGCUGGGCGGUGCCGACUCAGCGGGCCGCUCUGUAUCUGAACUAAAACUCACCCCCACCACCAUCCCCUCAUCAGUCUGAAGAAGGGUCUCGAACAGAAACGUCACCCAUUCCUUCGCUCCAUAGAUGCUGCCUGUCCCGCUGAGUUUCUCCAGCAUUUCUGUCUACCUACAAUAGUUGAAUGUAGGUGUCGGUGGGGAGAUUGGAGGUGGCUGCCCCUCAGGUUGACUGCUGGGCCUAAGUUAAGGCUUUGCUUUAGAGGCGUCAUUGAGACAUCAACUUCUUCUGAAAAUAUGUCCAACAGCACCAACAAUGUGGGGUUAGAUUCCAGAACAUUCUGCCGUAUUGACUUGUGAAUGAGUUAACGCAUGAAAUGCAUAGUGUGGACAUGCCUGUUUUCCGCUAGACUGGUACAGCACUGUAAUCCUCAUCCAUCCUGUAGCAACGUGGCUGCCUGUAGAUCGACAACUAGUCCGGGGUAGCAGUGUGGCACAGCGGUAGAGUUGCUGCCUUACAGCGCCAGACACCCACAUUCGAUCCUGACCUCUGGUGCUGUCUGUGUGGAGUUUGUACGUACUCCCUGUGAACUGCGUGGGUUUUCUCCGGGUGCUCCGGUUUCAUCCCACACUCCAAAGACGUGCAGGUUUGUAGGUUAAUUGGCUUCUAUAAGUUGUAAAUUGUCCCUAGUGUGUAAGAUAGCACUAGUGUACAGUGUGAGCGCUGGUUUGUGCGGACUCGAUGGGCCGAAGGGCCUGUUUCCGCUCUGUAUCUCUAAACUGUUCCUCCCUCUGAUUCUCCACAAUUGGAAGUGUGUUACAUGAAGACUAUUACAAGUCUUUAACUGGUCAAAUAUUGAGCGGCUCUUUCAGUGGUUAAGAACAAGGGGAAGUUAGACAGAAUGAUGGACGAGGUCCACUAGCAGUCACACCAGUGUGAAAGCCUCUCUCACAAAAGCCCAUGGAUGUUGGCCAAUUAGACUGUCAUAAUGCAAGGGUGUUGAGUAUUAUGGAUAAAUGACUGGCAAAUGUACAGAUCAUCCAACUGACCGAUAGGACAGACUAGAUGGGCAGAAGGGCCUCAUCCUGAUGCUCAGGCCAUUGUGUUGUUUGACCAGAUGGGAGAACUGGCAAAUGUUUAGUUGCGAUAUUUAAUAUUAUUGUGUGUGUGUGUGUGGGGGGGGUAAUGUUGCACAAGACUGUUACAUUGUUAAACAGAUGGAGAAAGGAUUUGCCAAACGCUUGGACUAUGAAGGUGAUGCAAAAGCAAUAAAAACAAUAUCUAUUAUUUAUAGAGUGUGUGGGGGGGGGGGGGGGGGGGUGCCCAUGUUUUUCUUGAUACCUAAAAUGCUGCCUGAUUGUGGGAGAUGGAAUUGGAAGCUUAACGAGAGGCGAUAUCAUUGUGGAGAGGGUUUUUAAGUUGGGCCAAUUAAAUCCAGCACAGACGAACUAGACAUCCCAUGAGUAAGCUGAGCCCUGUCUUACAUAGAGACUGCUGUACAGACCAGGCGUUUGGAGUUAUCGCCACCCACACGCUAGAUCUGUUAAGGCACGGUGGCACAGCGGUAGAGUUGCUGCCUAACAGCGCCAGAGACCCGUGUUCGAUCCUGGCUACGGGCACUGCCUGUACGGAGUUUGCACGUUUUCCCCCUGGCCCAUGUGGGCUUUCUCCAGGAGCUCCGGUUUCCUCCCAAACUCCCAAAGACGUAUAGGUUAAUUGGCUUUGGUAAAGAUUGUAAAUUUGUCCCCCAGUGUGUGUGUGUGUGUGUAGGAUAGUGUUAGUGUGCAGGGAUCGCUGGUCGGCACGGACUCGGUGGGCCGAAGGGCCUGUUUCUGCGCUGUAUCUCUAAAACUAAACUAAUUAGGGAUAAAACUGUUGAAUGUGCACUGUGCAACAUGAUGUGAAUAUUUGAGUUUCGGGCAGCUAUUGCAUGUGCACUGAGGAGAACCUUACUACAGAAAACUCUAUUUAAUUUGUAUUCCUGUUAUUUCCCUCAAACAAACUUCACUGUUGUGGAGUGAUCCGAUCGAACAUGCUUCAUUGUUGAAGUGCGAUGAGAAAACUGUAGAGGGUCAUGUGUAGUAAAUAUUCUGUGUGCGUGUGUAUAUUUAAAGACUCUUUUUGUUCUGUAAGUGUUUUAAUAUAUUUCUCGGUGUCUGCCAGUAUUACUGUGAUGUGGAGAUGUGGCUGUUACGUUAACCAACCUAUGUUAGAAUAGAUGUGUGUACGAACCAGCACUCGUGUGUGCGUGCGUGUGCGUGUGUGUGUGGUUACUAAGUUCUUAAGUGAAAUGAGCAGAAUUAUUCUAUUUGGCCCAUCAAGUCCACUCUGCCAUUCAAUGAUAGCUGACCUAUCUCUCCCUCCUAACACCAUUCUCCUGCCUUCUCCCCAUAACCCCCGACACCCGUACUAAUCAAGAAUCUAUCUAUCUCUACUGUAAAAAUAUCCAUUGACGGCCUCCACAGCCUUCCGUGGCAAUGAAUACCACAGAUUCACCACCCUCUGACUAAAGAAAUUCCUUCUCAUCUUCCUAAAGGGAUGUCCUUUAAUUCUGAGGCUGUGACCUCUGAUCCUAGACUCUCCCACUAGUCUCUGUAAACGGUAACGGCUAGAACGUGACCAUGGUGUGUUGGGUUGGUCUGUGGGCCACAAUUGUCCAACCAAUCCCAAACAUUGGCCAGAUUGGGAGCAGUCCCUGUGUCUGGCACACCUGCCUUCACGUCAUGUCCAAGGCUAAUCAUGGUUUGAAGGUUUCUGGUUAGACAUGGGAGGGUGGAAACGUUGGAUGUACUUUUCCCAAACAUACUGUACCUCUCGUGGUUCUGUGCAAAGUGCCUGAGACAAGUGGUUCUCUUUGUAGCCAUUCUACUAGAAAUGACAGCACAGCACACACGCAAGGGUCUAAAUUCCUAUCCUAGCUUUAUAAUUACUAGUUACUAAGGUUAGCACGGGCAUGUCGGGCCGAAGGGCCUGAAUGACUCUAUAUUGUUAAAUGCAGCCACAUUUUGUCUCCCUGGGUCAGGCCUGCAAUCUUUUACAGCUCUCUUGUUAAAUAUCUUAUAUCAUUGUGUUUGCAGAUGAAUAAUGUAUAUACUGAUGUUUUGCACAUAUUGUAAUUAGAAUAAUGCCUUUAUGGAAACUUAAAUACUUAAUUUCUUAAUAAAUAUUUUAAACAUUUUCUAAUAAACGAUGGAUCUUGUGUGUUUUUAAACCUUUCCCUGCUAGGGUUUGUUAUUCUGCAGAGUUUGCAUAGCCCCGACCCACGGCUGCACAAACGCCACCAUCUGUGUUUCUGUGCCGAUAUUUCACAUUGUAGACGGCGACCUCAGGCUUUUCCUGUUGCGUUUACUGCGCCGACAGUCAAAGUUUAGACAGAGGUUGCUGGUGGACCUGCUCUUGUCAGAUGGAAACCUUCAACUCUGAUCCCAUUCUCAGCGCAAGGCCCACCGAGGCACACAUACAUACGGGGAGGCUGGGGGUAGAAA